AUGGUCUCGAGACCGUUGCCUCCUGCCAUCGCUUACAAGGUCGAGGAUGAGAAAGACCUCACUCUGAGGGUCAACAAAUCCAACUUUUGGGACUACAUGGAAAGCCUGCUGGAGGUCCCUGGGGGAGAAUGCGAUGAGAUGUCGGUCAACUCAGCGCUGGUAAAGUAUGUUAAACACGCGGCUGAUAAUUAUCACUCGUGUGUGCACUCAGAACGGGGUUUGUACCGGCUAGGACUCACUUUCACAGAGUCGCUUAUGUUCCGGAGCAACCAGGGAUUUUCGAUCAGCAAACUGCUAUCGUUGCUGAGUGUGGACAUGCUAGAGUAUAACUUGAAGUUUAUUGUCAGCUACAUCAUGCUGUGCGCUGCGAAAGGCGACUCAUCGGUUCUGGAACUGCUGUUGAAAUUCCAGGGCUUCACAGUCAUAUACAACAACUUGUACAACACAUUUGCAUACCUCAACCAAUAUGGGGAGGAUAAAGUUAUGAAUUCUAAGAGUGAUGCUAGUUCAGGCGCAUCAGACAUUGAGUGGGAUAUCAUUCACAAUUUGCAGCAAGUUUCGACUAUACUCAUGGACAUUCUUUUCCAGGUGUUCAAAUAUUCCAAGUGUGACAUCUCCAACAUCACCCUGGUGGACGAUUUCUUUGUCUACUACUUGAUGAGCACGAUACAAGCCGAGACCACGGACGAUAACUUCAACAAUGCAAAAUUCAAACUUUUGUUAGCUCUAAACGAACAGUACAUGAUAUUUUCCUAUCAAUAUGAGCUUGAAAACCGCGUUUACAACUACCUGGCUGACCACUCGGUAUCCAAAAACUUUGUAGAACUUCUGCUUCUGAAGUUCAAUCGCGCAACUAACCGAUCGCUACAAAUUAUGCUUUGCAAAAUGAUAUAUCUGAUACUAACGGUUGAUAAAAACUCAGCAGAGGAUUUCUUCUAUCAAAACGACCUACACGUUAUCGUAGACGUUUUGAUUCGCGAGCUAACCAAUAUUCCCGAGGACGAAGAGCUUAUCCGAAACACCUUCCUCAGAGUACUAUUGCCCUUGUUGAGCAAUACCGAGUUGGCGAAAACCAAAUACCGUAGAUCGGAUUUGGCUGGCGUACUGGAAUAUUUGUCGUCACUCGAUAACAUAUGCUCAUCCGUGGUGCAACCUGUGCAGAAAACGACGGUGCGACUAGCGCAGAAAUGUUUGCAGCAAGUAGAAUGGCUAAGACCCAAUGACAUAAAUGACCCUGAUGAUUUGGCUCGAGUUAAUAGCGAGGAUUCCAGGCAAUCCAGUGUUAGUAUAAACUCAGUGUGUUCAAGCCGUGUUUGGCCACCUCGCUUUUACCAGAAUUCGAACGCUUCCUUAUCCGCAGAAUCCAUAACGAAGCGUUCACAGCCACCACCACCUCCUCCAGCCAGAAAGCUCCCAUCACGCCAAGGAAGCGGUCAGAAGGUAGCACAGUUUCAAUUCAAAUGA